CUGAUAGAGUAGUCUUUGUGAGGUCAGUCUGGUCACAUACUCUUCAUUUCUCGGUGCAGACCCAUGUUUUAGAGAGACAGUUAUGGCUGAAGAUGAAGAUGACAGGAGCAUACGAUUCAUCCCAGGCAAUGAGAACUUUGAAGAUAUACAAUUUAUCCCAGGCAAUGAGAACUUUGAAGAGAUAUUUGUCCCAGGCAAUGAGAACUUUGUAGGCAAUGAGAACACUGAAGGCAAUGAGAACACUGAAGGCAAUGAGAACACUGAAGGCAAUGAGAACCUUGAAGGUAAUGGAGACACCGAAGGCAAGGUGAUCAAUGACAAAGUUGAAGACAACAAUGAUAAAAAAGGCAGUGAUACUGAUUCUAAGGCAAAUAGAAAAAAGCCAAUCAAUAUACUAGUGAUUGGUCCUACUUUCUCUGGAAAAACAACCCUCAUCAAUGCUAUGUUUGGGGAAGAUGUUGUAACUGUUAGUGUUAGUGCAGAAUCUCAAACAAGGAAAGUAGAAGCAUAUGAAGGUGAGCAUAAUAAUGUGAAGAUUAAACUUUAUGAUACGGUUGGUUUUGGGGAUACUAGAGGCAAAACUGGCCGCAGUAUUAUAUUUGAAAUUGCUGAGCACGGUCAGUUUGAUCUAAUCCUCAUUUGUACCAAGUUAGUGGAACGGGUUGAUCGGGAUAUGUUUGAUGAAUUGGCCUCCGUCUUACAUGCAGAUAUGUGGAAGAGGACAGUUGUCGUAUUAACAUUUGCAAACCAAUUCGAGACACUCAGGAGUGUAACAGAGUCUAAAAAGGAACUGAAAGUUCAAAUGAAAAUGCAAGUAAAUUCGUGCAAAGGAUGUGUUGUUGAAUUUCUUUCUAAAAGCGUUAAUAAGGAAGUGUUGGAUAAAAUACCAUUCUGUGUAGCCGGAGUGAAAGAUGAAAAGAAGUUACCUACAACUGACGACUGGCUGAAAGCAUUAUGGGCCACAAGUAUCAAGCAUUCCAGUGACGAAGCACGUCCAUUCUUAACGUUUUGUGCGAGGAACCGAGGGAUUAUUGAAACAGGAUCUUUUAUUGGGUCUGUUGGUGCUGGAGCUGGUAUUGGUGCUGGUAUUGGUACUUUUAUUGCCCCUGGGGCUGGUACUGCAAUAGGAGCUGGUAUUGGAGCUGGAGUGGCAGCUGGUGCUUCUCUUGUUGGGAUUCUUGUGGGACGCAUAAUUAAAUAAUUAAAUUUUAAGCAAUUGUAACAAUUAGAAAAAGAAUUAUUAGUGAAUUCUUGUUGUAACAA